AUGGCUAAUUCAGAUGAUGACGAUGCUUACCUUUAUGGUUCCGACGAAGAACAGCAACAUAGUACGAAAAAACAAAAAGUAAGCAAUACCGAAGAAACUGCAGAAAAAGCUGUAGAUGAAGGCGAUGAUGACAAUGAUGAAGAUGAUGAUGAAGAGGAAGAAAGUUCUGAUGAUGAUAUUGAUAUCGUUAUUGGAGAUAAUACUGUUGCUUCUGAACCUGCCAAAGCUAAAGCCAAGGAAGAAGAAGUGGAACAAGAUUCAGUGAAAAUCGUAUCUAAUAAUCAAGAAAAAGAGUCAUUGGAUAUUAAUAAGGUGGCUGAAUUAGAUGGUAAACCAUUAACCCAAGUUGACCUUGAUAAAUUAAAAGAUAAACCAUGGAGAAUACCUGGUGCAGAUAUAACGGAUUAUUUCAAUUACGGAUUUGAUGAAAUGUCAUGGACUCAAUAUUGUGUCAAACAAGAUAAAUUAAGAGGUGAAUUUAACCCACAAAAAUUGAUGGCUUCUAUCAUGAAAACAGCUAAAGAGAGUACCACUACUAAUCAAAUGACAAUGCCACCAGGAAUGCCACCAGGUAUGCCUCCAAUGAUGCCGGGUAUGAUGCCUCCCGGUAUGCCACCAAUGAUGCCAGGUAUGAUGCCUCCUGGUAUGCCACCCACUAACAAAGGUCCACCAAAAGGUCCACCUCCCAAAACGACACCAAGAUAUAAUAAUAAGAGGAAUUCAAGAAGAUAA